AGCAAACUCAGCUACAUACUUCUGUUGAAACUUGAAACUAGCCGCCGUUGGCAUGGUUCGGGCAACGGACAAAUGGCUAGACUGAUACGACCCUUGCACCUGCAACAAUGGCCGCAGCUCAACAACCACCAUUGUUGCCGCUCACGUCCUUCGCUCCACCAUCUCCUAACCUUGUCAACUUCAACAAUAAACUGCUGCAAAGCCGCUCCGCAAUUUCUCUCUUGCACUACUGCGCCCUUCUCCUCUUCCCGCAGCGUUCACACUCGCGCUCGUGCUCGCGGUCCCAGAUUCGCUAACGCACCGCGGUCGGCCGAAGUCGACGAGAAGGAAGGCGAGGCCGGAAGCAGCGAUUCCGACUCCGAUGGAAAGAAAGGCCGCAACGAGAGGAAGCGCGAGGCUCGUCGCGCCGUCCUGUGGGCGAUGGAGCUCGCUGCCUUGUCUCCCCUGCAAAUCAAACGAGUUCUAAGGAUGGCUAAGCUUGAACGGGAGGUGUUUGAAGCAUUGACGCUAGUUAAGAGACUAGGACCAGACGUCCGAGAAGGAAAACGAAGGCAAUACAACUAUAUCGGGAAGCUACUUCGUGAGGUAGAACCUGAGCUAAUGGACGCCUUGAUACACGCAAGCAAAGAUGGGGACUGGAGUAGGCUGCAGGGAAUUCCUGGUUUCAAAGCCGAUGAAGCUGAUGACAAAGAAAUCGAAGAGGAAUUCGAAGAGUGCCAGGUUUCUGAGGAGCACAUUGAGAUGGCAACCAGAUGGUUUGAUGGUUUAAUCACGAAUGACGUUGACAUUACAAAAGAAGUUUAUGCACUUGGCGAGUUGCGGAAACUGGUACGUAAAGUUCACGCAGUUCAAGAACAGGAGUCCGAUGGGGACGAGGAGAGUGAGAAGAAGGUGGCUGCCGCUGCCAUGGCCAGAGCCAAGAAGUCCCUCAACAGGUUCCUUCGUGUCCUUGCCAAGCAGAUGCCUAAUGAAUCCAACCAACCCCAUUGUUGAGUUUUAACAAGAGAAAGGUAUAUAUUUCAUUAUUGGGCACGAAUCGAUGGACAUACUAGACGUCAGGCCCAAUAGGCCUGUGCUUGGAAAUGGGCCUGGAAGUCCAUG